CGAACAUCCUUGUCAAACAGAUGCUUAAAGUCUUUCAGGUCAUCAGAGACUCGCGUGCACAUUGUAUAAGCCGCCAAAGUGUCUGGUCCCUGUCAAAAUCUCAGCGGUCACACUUCUUUCGUCAAUAUGCCACUGUUGAGCCUGCGGUGGCAGCCCCCAAACCGCAAAUCAAAUUGAGAUCAUAUCAGGAAGAAUGUAUCGAAGCAGUGUUACAACACUUAAACCUCGGUCAGAAGCGUCUCGGAAUAUCAUUGGCGACAGGAAGUGGCAAGACCGUCAUUUUCAGUCACUUGAUCGAACGAAUUCCGGAACCAACACCCGAAGCCACCCAGACCUUGAUCUUGGUCCAUCGUCGAGAGCUAGUAGAACAAGCCGCUCGCCAUUGUCAAAAUAUCUACCCAAACAAGCUUAUCGAGAUUGAAAUGGGCUCGAGACAUGCUACUGGAGUCGCCGAUAUCACUGUUGCCUCUGUUCAGAGCAUCAUGUCUGGAGAUCGCAUUGAAAAGUUCGAUCCAAGGCGCUUCAAACUCUUGCUCGUAGACGAAGCGCAUCAUAUCGUUGCAGCAAGAUACCUCGAUGUUCUCAAACAUUUCGGACUCGAUGAAGAGUCCCAAAAGAUGCCCGACAACCGAGCCCCGGCAGCUCUUGUAGGCGUUUCUGCAACAUUCUCUCGACAUGACGGUCUGAGACUCGGGGCUGCUAUUGAUCAGAUUGUAUAUCAUAAGGGCUAUCUGGAUAUGAUUGAGGGUGAGUGGUUAUCUACCGCUUCGUUCACCACAGUGCGGUCAGGAGCAGAUCUCAGCAAAGUGAAGUCGCUUGGAAAACAAGGAGACUUCCAGACUGGAGACUUGUCUCGAGCCGUGAACAAUGACGAUAUCAACCAAGUCACGGUCCAGGCAUGGCUUACAAAAGCAAACGACAGAAAGGCCACAUUGGGGUUUUGUGUCGACCUGGCUCACGUCUCAAGUCUGACAGCAAUGUUUCGCCAAUUUGGUGUUGAUGCUCGGUUCAUCACUAGUGAGACGCCAAAGCAACUUCGAAGCGAGCGCUUGGAAGCUUUCAAAAAUGGGGAAUAUCCUGUCUUACUGAACUGCGGCAUUUUCACAGAAGGCACUGACAUUCCAAACAUCGACUGUGUGUUACUUGCUAGACCAACAAAAUCUCGCAAUCUUCUGGUACAGAUGAUCGGUCGAGGUCUGAGACUGUAUCCGGGGAAGGAGGACUGCCAUAUCAUUGAUAUGGUGGCGUCUUUAAGUACCGGAAUCGUGACCACACCAACCCUGUUUGGCCUCGACCCUUCCGAAAUUGUCGACCGUGCAGACGCCACCUCCAUGACCAAAACACGAGAGAGACGUGAGGCGGAAAGUCAGGCGGCAAGGCAACGUGAAGAAAGUAUCAGGAAUGAGCCUCUUCGUCCUGAUUGGAAAAGGUCUGGUCCACCCAUCUCCUUCACCCACUACGAUUCGGUGAACGACCUCAUAGAGGACACUCGACAUGAUGCCUGGAUCAGGCAGGUCAGUCAAUUUGCUUGGGUCCAGGUCGGUACUGACCGGUAUGUCUUGUCAAGCGGUAGUGGUGAUACCUUGAAGAUUCAACCAGACAGCUCUAAUGUACAGCAACCCUGGGUUGUCACGAUUGUUGUAAAGCUACCGGAAAGCUAUGGCUCGUUGAGUCCGUAUGCAAGGCCCCGAGAAUUAGCAAGAGUUGAGACAUGGGAGCAGGCUGUGAAAGCCGCUGAUACCUAUGCGACCAAGCACUUUCCCCAGAGAAACAUCGUUACGAGAGCAGUAUGGCGUAGGUUUCCCGCUACGGAAGCACAACUCGCUAGGCUGAACAAGUCGCGCCCUCGAGAUCGACAACUUACGCCAGAAAACACCACCAAAGGACAAGCGGCAGACAUGAUAACAAAGAUCUUCCAUGGUGCCAAAGGGAGAUUCGACAAGCUCGACCACAUCCGGCGCAAAGAAGCACAAGAAACGGAAAAGCGGCAGGGUAUGCAAAAGAGGUUCUCAAGACAUCAAGUACAGGUCGGCCCUGUGCGAUGAUAUGCGCGUUUGCCGCUGCCCAUCUCGGUGGG